AACAACCGAUGACGUCAGAAAAAGCUGGGUUGACGUGAGAAGACCCUCCUUCCCCAGACAAGCAGCUACAGGCGAGCUGAUUCGUCUUGGAGAUCCUCAAGUGUCGGCUGGAAGUCUGGCCUGAUUUCAGGACAACGGUUCCAGAACGAAACGGAUAUGGCGACCUGUGGCGCGGUGACCCAGCCUCAAAUGGCUGGCCCGCCCAACUACGGCAACGUCGAGUAUCUAGGAUCCACAGCUACCUCUAGCUACAUGGCCGGCCCCCGUCAAGCCGUUCAGUUCACCCAGCUGCCAACCAUUGGCACCAUGCAGAACCAGUACAAGACCUACGACACGUACCCGGCACCCUCGCCCAUGCGGCGGUCUCUGACCACGUUACCAUGGCGACCAAGUACUUACUACCAGUCGGCAAAGGUCAACCCGUGCUCUGCUAUCACCCGAAGCAUGCCCGACCCCAUGUCAGCCAGAACUCAACUCUCAGAGCUUGACAGUCUCAAGGUGCCGCCCGUCUUCGCCGCUGCCAGAAACGCCCUGUACACCCGCUUCACCCCCAACGACUGGAUGGCCUCCAACCAGGGGAACUACCUGGCCUCAGACAGGGUCCGUGGGGGGUCGGAGCGGCUGCGGAUGGACACGAUGCGGCUGUGUAAGGAGUAUGAUGACAAGACCAAACGCACGCAGGCCGAUGUCGGGAAAAGAUUGGGCGAAAGAAUUGGCGACAUCAACUUCUGGAAGACCGAGCUGAACCACGAGCUGGAGCUGAUGAUCACAGAGACCAACGCCCUGAACGAGGCCAAGAGAAUCCUGGAGAAAAACCUGGCAGAGACGGAGAAUCCCCUGCACAUAGCCCAGGAGUGUCUGUAUAACAGGGAGAAACGCCAGUCUAUUGACCUCGUACAUGAUAAACCAGAGAAGGAACUGAUCAGAGAAGUCGACCUGAUCAAACGGUGCCAGGAGAGGAUGAGGAACACGAUCGACAGAGCGAACGUCCAGCUUGGCCUGAACAGAGCAGCACAGCACGAGCUAGAGAGAGACUCCGGGGACAAAUUCAUUGCCGAGAACCUGGACACGACCACCCACUCCUUGAGGAACACCAGCCGCGGCAUUGCCUACCACGACGGUGUUCACAGGAUUGACAACACGAUCAGCGUGCCGGAGACGUGGGCCAAGUACACCAAUGACAAUAUCCAGCGCUCACAGUCUGAGAGGUUGGCCUCUAAAAACAUGAGAAGUGAGAUAGAGAGCGUCAUCAACACGUGCAACAACGAGAUGUGGAUGGAAUGGAACGCCGUCAACACCGCCCUGUGCCACCGCAUCCAGGAGACGACCGAUGCCAGGAAUAAGAUCCAGCUGCAUCUCAACAGGACGCUCCAGGAGAUCUUCGACAUGGAGAAGAACAUCGAGCUUCUCAAGAAGUCGAUUCAGGAUAAGGAGGCGCCGAUGCAGGUGGCCCAGACCCGGCUCGACACCCGGCUCCGGCGGCCCAACGUGGAGCUGUGCCGUGACGCCGCCCACAACCGGCUGGUGGAGGAGGUGGGGGAGAUCACGGACACUGUGGACCACCUGCAGCACAAACUGCGUGAGGCCGAGAACGCCCUGCAGGCCCUCCUGCGGACCAAGGGCGCCCUGGAGCAGGACCUCUCCAUCAAGAACACCACCCUGUUCAUCGACCGCGAGAAGUGCAUGGCCAUGAGAAAAACUUUCCCCAUGGCCCCGCGACUGGUGGCCGUGGGUUGAUGGCCGCUGUCUGUUUUGUCUAUUUCGAGAAAAAUAAAAUAUUGAUUCAUAACUAUUAUUCUAAAUUUCUAUUUCUUCAACUAGCAUCUGGUUUCAAACCUCCCUAUAGACAUUAAAUUGAAGAUACACCAGGUGUUUGUUUUUUCAAUUUAAAAUGUCGACUAAUCCCACAAAAAAGCUCCUAAUGUUAACACAUAUAAAAAUUCAUAAUGUUUUCAAUGAAAGAUGAAUAAAGCUCAAGAAUGA